AUGAGAAUGUCUGAUCUGAAUAUUCUUCAGUCAAACUCAAACUCCAAUAAGCAAGUUUUCAAAAGAAAAGAACGCAUCCGUUCAUGCGCGAGAAAGAACUCUUAUUUGAUGAACAGUAAACCGCCCAUCGCCGACGUUGAAGUUGAUGGAGCCAAGAAAACGACUUCAACAACGCCGGCGAUCCCAUUGAAAAAAACGCUGUGGGAGUUGACAUCUAGUACGACUAUUUAUUCGGGUUUCAUUUUGUUGAACAAUAUCACAACAGCAGCAACAUUCAACAACAUUUCUGUUGAAAACUGGUUGGAGAGAAUUAUUUUUGAACCCUGCAACAUCUCAGUUGUGUAUAAAAAUGUUAUCAGCGGGAAGAACAAUGAUAAGAAAUUACUGUUACUUUACAUUGCUGUAUGUUACAGCAGAAAUUUGACGACCUACUUUAACAACAGUCGAGAUAUAAAGGUCUCCAGAUUGGAUGGGUAUGUAGUUGAUCAUGCCCUGCUCUGGCUGACAGCUGAGGGCAGCCAGUGCAAUGAGACAAAAUGUUUUCCAGACGAGAAAUGCAUGCUGCUGGAAAACAUCACAUUAUCCUGCAUCAGUUGCAACACACUCGACAACAGCAGCUUCAGCAGCAGCAGCUUCAGUUUCAACGCAAGCCACAGCAAUAAUGACAGCUAUGAAUACGACGCCUUCUACAAAUGCGUUCCUCCAUACAGUGGCGUGGGUCCGGACAAGCGGCAUGCCCUCUGGGCUCUGCUGGCCGUUCCUCUGGCUGUUCUCGGUGGAUGCUGCAAAAAAAACCAGUCUUUCAGACGCUCAGUAACAAGACACAACACGUUCAGAAAAUUUGGAACUAGAAAUACAUACAAGGUAACAAACAGAUCACCGAAGAAAUGCAAGCAACCUGAAGAGCCGCCAAAAGAAGUGCCAAAAGACCCCACCGCACCACCACCCUAUCAACCAGAAACACAACUGGCUCUCGUUAUUCCUCCUAACAAAGCUCAAGAAGAAGAAGAACGGAGGGUGAUGGAGGAGUAUGAGCUCAACCACCCAAACAGCACUGGUAGAAACAAGACCAACUACGGAACUAAUGAUGAUCUGAUGGAACAAAUCAGACGCGUUGGUGGCGAGAUUGAUAAACUCAAAGAAAUGAAAUAUUAAUUUAUUGGUAUGCGAUUAUAACCACGGACUCAAAAAUAUAUUAGUUAAUUAGCUUUUUAGAUAAACUGUGGAUUCAAAGUGUAACUUAAAUGUCAAGAUCAGGUUCUUAAUUUCAUUCAAUUCCAUUUAAACUUCCUUUACAACAACUAUCAUUAGUUCAUAUAUAUUUUAGUCUUUCAUUUUGCCAAUAUAACAUCAUCUCAUGAUCGUCAUUUUUUAGUUUUAUUUUAACCGAUUAUGUGACACCUUAUUAGAGGUUUUUUGCUGUUUUUUCGCGUUAUAUCCAUUGUAAAUUUUUUAGAAAUAUUUUUUUAGAGUUAUAUAUUUAAUUUUUUUCAAUUUGUAACAUGACUUUUUCAGUCGUACUAUGUUCACUCCAGCUUUUAUUAUUUAUUUUUUAAUUUAUUUAUUAGUAAAACCCAUAAAACCUAUACCAUACUAAAAAAAAACCUAUACUAUCAAGAUAACAUUUAAGAUUUUUUUGAAACAAAAUAGAAGUAUGUCGUGAAAUGCCACAAGUAACUUGGAAAUUUUUCAUUCGUUAAAUAUUGAUAGCAAAGGAUUUCUGCUUUUCUUCAACGUAUUCUUUAUAUUCGUCUACAGCAUGAGCAUGUUCAUCUAAAUUUUCAAAAUUUACUUCAAAACUAAGUUUCAAACUUGCGUACACUGAUAUUUCAAUUUAGAAAUUAACUUGUCUUGUUAACUAAGGCGAAAAAAUUAAUUAAAUGUUUUUCCCUUUUUCUCCAGAUAUAUAACGAUGCUUACAUGUAUAUUUUUAUAUUUUCACCGUACUUCUUUGACCAAAACAAUUUUUACCAUUCAAUAUAUUUCUUAAAAAUUUAUUAUUAAUAAUCCAUUUUU